AUGGAAGCUGUAAAAGCCAUUCUCCUGGUGACUGCUCUCUGCAUAGGGACAGCUUAUUCCCUGUCAUGUUACACGUGCCUUUCUGAAAGUAACAACGAUAACUGUAUGACAAGCCACAAUUGUUCAGAUACUGAUGCAUUCUGUAUGACAACAGUUACAGCUGCUGGAGUCGCUGGCAUAUCCUUUGCAUCCAUCACUAAGGAAUGUGCAAUACUCUGCGAAGAGACUGGCAUUGGUAUUCUGGGAGCUUCCACUUCGGUCUCCUGCUGUGACACGGACUUUUGCAACACUAGCGGCGCCUCCGGAGUGAAAUCCAGCUACGCCAUUCUCGCUUUGUCCGUGGGACUCCUGCUGGCUCUGCUAAGAAAUUCAUCUCUUUGA